AUGAGCGGUAACAACCCGUAUGCCGUCAACGGCGGAUACGGGGGACUUCGCCAGUCCAACGACUCCAAUCCAUAUGCCCCUACGAAUGCUGCCAACUCGGUCUCCGGCAGUCGCUAUGCGGACCCGUACCUAAAUCAGCAGAACAACGGUUCCUCUCCAUCCGUCAACAGUUUCGGACCUCAAGAGCGCAGGCGCAGAUCAAAUCCGUAUGACCAGCGCGAUCGAGAUUCACCAAGCCCUCUGCCCUCAACGCUGUCAGGUACAGGAGGAGGGAGCAUCUCGGGGGCCUAUGGGGGAAUGCCGCGUGCAAGAUAUGGGGAGACUGUUUCUCCUUCGAGGAACGAAUACGACUAUGGAAGAGCAAGGGACCCUCAAGAGUACGAACAGAGGCAGCCGACGCCCUCAUUCCGGGAGAGGGAGAGAGCUUACAACGAAAGCCAGAGAGCAUACAAUGAGGGCAGGAGUCGAGAUGGCAGGGAGAUGCGAGGACAGAUGCCUGCGCCGUCCACCAUCUCUUCGAAACCGAGUCAAUCCGGUCCGAGCCAACAAACGCCCACGAAUGGUUACACUGCCCACCAGAACUACGCUCCUCCAGACACUGCCAACCGACAUUACUCUCCCCGACGUCCGGCAAAGAGCAUGGACCAAAUUCUGCGUCACAUACAGUCAGAUUGGAAAGAUAUGGAGGGUGACGAUUGUGUCCCUGUGAAGAUGGCCCUCAGGCUCAUGGAUCCCAGUUCCCUGGGCCUUGCUGAUAAAGAGGGAGACUUUGCCAACACCCACAUGGACCUGCAGAAGUGUCUGAAGUCCGUGGUCAACGAGCACUAUGCCGACUUUAACAGCGCCGUGGGCACUUAUCACAAAAUACAGAACGCGAUUCGGGACAGUCAAAGUCGCGUGAGACAUUUGAAGCUCGGCUUGAUGAACGUCAAAGACGGCAUGCUAACGAUGCGGCCGGAGCUGCGGACUCUUGCCGAACAGAGCGGCGAACUCGAUGGCAUGCUUGUCACGUUGGGCAAGAUAGAGUCUUUCAAGCUCAUUCCGGGGAAGCUGGAAGAGAAAAUCAGCGAGAAGAAAUUCCUCGGGGCCGUCGACAUUUUGAUGGACAGUCUCAAAGACAUUACGAAAAGCGAGUUCGACGGUAUCGGCUCCAUCUCCGAUCUUCGGAGCUAUUUCACCAACCAAGAGAGCACCUUGUUGGAUAUCCUCAUUGAGGAGUUGCACGAGCAUCUCUAUCUGAGAAGUCCUUAUUGCAAGGACAGGUGGAAAGGCAAGAAAGCCAACGGAGAAGAUAGAGAUCCAAAGGACAAUAUGAUGGCCGUGGGAAUCAAUGCUUGGGACCGACCCUUCAACCAUUACUUAAACAACGUCGACCUCACGGCGCCUAUGGUGGAGGAUCCAACCAAGAACCCCGAAACUGACACGUUCUAUUAUAUACACAUGAUCAUUGAAUCACUCAACAAACUGGGUCAACUUGGCGAGGCCGUUUCGAGGAUUGAGCAGAGAAUGCCUCUUGAGUUAUACAAGGUCGCCGACAAAACCAACCACGACAUAGAUGCCAAAUAUCCUAGUCAUCUGAGAGCCCAGUUCAACAAAGCAAAUCGAAAGACGUACUCAUUGCAAGCGAACGAUGGGAGGGCACAAGUCUUGUCCGACUUCCUGUGGACCCUUUAUUCCAAGUUUGAAGCCAUCGCCGAAGGUCAUCGGGUGCUUCACGAAGUGAUUGGAGGUAUUGCUGCCAGAGAAAAGGCGGCCAAGCCAGACAAGUACACCACCGGCUUCAAAGAGCUAUGGAAAUUGUAUCAGCUGGAAAUGCGGUCGAUACUGCAUGACUAUCUGGCCACCGACGGCGACCACACAUCUUUGCGCUCUGGAUUGUCUGGCACUGCCAGCACCGACAUUUUCGCUCGGCCCCAGCGGGACAAGAAUAAAAAGAUGUUCCGGCUUGCGGAGAUGGACCAGAAAUCAGAGUCCAUGAAGGCCGAAGAGGAUGAGUUGAAUGAAAUCCUCAAGAGCUCAGUACCCGGUCUCGUCAGCAAAGCCCGCGCGAAAGAUGGGGCCGAUGUGCUUACAGACCGCAGUGGACAGGACAGCACUGUGACAGGCCACAAGUUGUUAAUUGAGCCAGGCGUCUUCAACAUGACCAUCUUGUUGACUCCGUCCCUGACGUUCCUGCAGCGUCUGAAAGACAUUGUACCUUCGACGGCACAUAUUCCCAUGAGCACGUUGACCACCUUCCUUGACGACUUCCUCAUCAACGUAUUCCAUCCUCAGCUCGAAGAAGCUGUCACCGAGCUGUGUGCGCAGGCCAUGAUUGAUCUAGAAGCAUUCUCAGAAGACCCGCAAUGGUCGAAGCACUCGCCGCAUCCGAUCUUCAAAGGGACAGUAUCUUUUAUGGCACUAAUCCGUGCCUUUUCGGCAAUGCUGAGCUCGAUUCCGCAAGAUCAAAUAUUCACACAGCUCAUCAUCGACCAGCUGGUCACGUAUUAUGAUAAGUGUUACGGCUUCUAUAAGGCUCUAGUGAGCCGCGUGGCGUCUCCAGAUCCGAACCAAGAUGGCAACAACACCUUGUCAACCAAAGCGGCUGCCUCGCUUGCAGCAUCCGGCGAAGUCCACGAUGCCGCGCUGGAGCUGCUGAACUACGACAAAUCGACCAACAAAGAGGCGUCUCGAUCCAGCCUGAUCACCAAAGAGGUGCAGAGUCUCCUUUCUGCGACGAAGGCCAACCCGCUCUCCGCCUACGACAUUAUCUCCGACCCAAAAUCAGUCCAUCAGCUCUCCCUGCUCUAUAACAGCAUGCAGUGGUUAGGCGCCGCUCUGGCACAAAUUCGACAUGUCGACAGCAGUCUACAUACAGGAUUCUCACAUGCAAGAAGUGGUUCGCAAAAUAGAAACGCGCGGCGAUGGACGUUGAUCACCAGUUUGCGAAGUGGCGGACCCAGCAAAUCGCCCUCCCACGCUGGCGCCACGGCCCCAGUUUUCUUACCUCUCACGUCUGAAACAGCCAUUCCUUUUGAUACGGUUGUGUCCUCCUUCCGCUCACUGGGUCAGACGUGCCUGUUGACACUUCAUAUCGACAUCCGUUGUGGGAUUAUCCACCAAUUAUCCCGCACCUUGCGAGGGCCUGACUACAACAACAGCCCGACCACCUCGCCUGAUAACCGAGACUCUGCGGGUGCUCCGCCUCUGGAUUCAGGACUUUACCCUUACGUCCUAUCUUCUCCACCGUCUUCAGCGUCUCCGUUAAUCCUCGAGCUCAACAACGAUCUCAUUGCUUUCGACUCCAACAUCGCAUCGUUCCUGGGCACGCGAGAGAGGAAUUUCAUCCUCAAGGGGCUAUCGCAGCUCGUAGAUCGCUACCUUGUUGCCGCCGCCGAUGUGAUUGGAGUCAUGAAUGCCAAUGGGGCCGAGAGGGUCAGGAUUGACACAAUGGUGGUGCAGCAGAAUUUGAGAGCUAUCCUCGCGAAUACAACGGACAAGAGACGGAGCUGGACCAGCAACAGCAACAGUAAGGAGCAAACUGGCCUCGGCAUUUCCACGGCCGACGACUCGGAACGCGACGAAGACGACGGGCUUCUUAUUUCCUCGAGUCGAUAUUUCGACCUGUUCCUCACCGGACCGGAUUCGAUCCUGCAAUACGUCCGGGACUGCAAGGCACAGAAGAAGGAUGUCGGAUACACCUACGACGAACUGCGCACGCUGGUCGAGUUGUAUUUCAGCGCGAAACUGAGGGGCGAGGACCGGGAGGAGGCAAUCCGGGCGAGGAAAGGGUUGCAAGACGCACUGCUGGGUUUGGGCGAAGGGAUGUGGGAUAGCUAA